GGCCGGACGCGGCCGCUCACGAAUCCUCCGCAGCUGGACUCUGCGACCGCCCCCCCGCAGCGCGCUCCCGCCCCUUCUCCCCCCGCCCCCCGCCACCGCCCGGUGGGUCGGUCAGUCAGUCAGUCAGUCAGUCAGUCACGGAGCGCGCGGCGCGGGAGCAGUGGGCGCUCACGGCGUCUCUCGGGAAGGAGCGCCGCGCCUGGGGAGCGCAAGCGGCGACUGCCCAGCCGGAGGCCGCUAAGGUAGCCGGGGCCGCCGGAGGAGCGAGCAGCUGUCGCGAUGGAGCAGCUCUCAGAUGAAGAAAUUGACCAUGGUGCGGAAGAGGACAGCGACAAGGAAGACCAGGACCUGGACACAAUGUUCGGAGCAUGGCUGGGGGAACUGGACAGGCUCACACAGAGUUUGGAUUCUGACAAGCCCAUGGAACCAGUAAAGAGAUCUCCUCUUCGCCAGGAAACAAACAUGGCCAAUUUUUCUUAUCGCUUCUCUAUAUACAACUUGAAUGAAGCUCUGAAUCAGGGAGAAACUGUGGACCUGGAUGCCCUAAUGGCCGAUCUUUGCUCGAUAGAGCGGGAGCUCAGCAGUAUUGGUGCAGGAAAUAGUAAGCGUCAAAUCACAGAAACAAAAGGCACUCAGAAAUUACCUCCUAGCCGACAUACAUCAAAACAUGGCACCUUGAAAGGAUUAUCUUCUUCGUCUAAUAGGAUAACCAAACCAUCACAUGCCAACUACUCCCUGGAUGACAUCACUGCACAGUUAGAACAGGCCUCCUUGAGCAUGGAUGAGGCUGCUCAGCAAUCUGUACUAGAAGAUACUAAACCCUUAGGAACUAAUCAGCACAGAAGAACGGCAUCAGCGGGCACCGUGAGUGAUGCUGAAGUGCACUCUAUUAGUAACUCCUCUCGUUCCAGCAUCACUUCCGCAGCCUCCAGCAUGGAUUCUUUGGAUAUUGAUAAAGUAACGCGCCCUCAAGAACUGGAUUUGACACAUCAGGGGCAGCCAAUUACCGAGGAAGAACAAGCAGCAAAAUUGAAAGCUGAGAAGAUCAGAGUUGCCCUAGAGAAAAUUAAAGAGGCGCAAGUGAAAAAGCUGGUGAUUAGAGUUCACAUGUCUGACGAUAGUUCUAAAACAAUGAUGGUGGAUGAGAGGCAGACAGUGAGACAAGUGCUGGACAACCUGAUGGACAAAUCCCACUGUGGCUAUAGUUUAGACUGGUCACUGGUGGAAACCAUCUCUGAGUUACAAAUGGAGAGAAUCUUUGAAGACCAUGAAAACUUGGUUGAAAAUCUCCUUAAUUGGACAAGAGAUAGUCAAAACAAGCUUAUAUUUAUGGAACGUAUAGAAAAAUAUGCACUUUUCAAAAACCCACAGAAUUAUCUUCUGGGGAAAAAGGAAACAGCUGAAAUGGCAGAUAGAAACAAAGAAGUGCUGUUGGAGGAAUGUUUUUGUGGAAGUUCUGUAACUGUACCAGAAAUUGAAGGAGUCCUUUGGUUGAAAGAUGAUGGCAAGAAGUCCUGGAAAAAGCGUUAUUUUCUCUUGCGAGCAUCUGGUAUCUACUAUGUCCCUAAAGGAAAAGCAAAGGUCUCUCGGGAUCUGGUGUGCUUUCUCCAGCUGGAUCAUGUCAAUGUUUAUUAUGGACAGGACUAUCGGAACAAAUACAAAGCACCUACAGACUAUUGUCUGGUGCUAAAGCACCCACAGAUUCAGAAGAAAUCUCAGUACAUCAAAUACCUUUGUUGUGAUGACGUGAGGACCCUGCACCAGUGGGUUAAUGGUAUUCGUAUUGCAAAGUACGGGAAGCAACUCUACAUGAAUUAUCAAGAAGCCUUGAAGAGGACAGAGUCAGCUUAUGAUUGGACUUCCUUAUCGAGCUCAAGCAUUAAAUCAGGAUCCAGUUCUUCCAGCAUCCCAGAGUCUCAGUCAAAUCACUCUAAUCAGUCUGAUAGUGGAGUGUCUGACACUCAGCCUGCAGGCCACCUGCGCUCCCAAAGCAUCGUGAGCUCCAUCUUCUCCGAAGCCUGGAAACGAGGCACUCAGUUGGAAGAGUCCAGCAAGGCCAGAAUGGAGUCUGUGAAUCGCCCCUACACUUCACUUAUGCCCCCUUUAUCCCCGCAGCCUAAACUAGCCGGCCCCUACACUGCCUCCCAGCCUUCCCCCCCCCUCCCGCCUCCGCCCCCACCCCCUCCUCCCCGCCCCCGCCCCCACCCCCUCCACCCCCCUCCUCCUCCUCUGCCCAGCCAGGCUGCACCUUCUGGGGGCUCAGCAGCUACCAUGUUUGUCAAGUACAGCACAAUCACCAGGCUGCAGAGCGCUGCUCAGCAUUCAGGACCCCUGUUUAAGCCUCCACCGCCCUCAGCCAUGCAGCCUCUAACCUCGACCUCACAGGCAGUAAAGCCUCAGAUCCUGGUGCCCCCCAGUGGAGUUGUGCCCCCCACCGCCCCCCCCCCCCCCCCCCCCCCCACCCCCGGCUCCGCCAUGGCGCAGCUGAAACCGGCCCCUUGCGCCCAGGCCCUUCCCCAGGUCAGCGCCCCGCUUCCUCCACUGAAAAUGCAUCACCUUCCGCAGGUGGCGCCUCCUGCCCCGGCACCACCCCCACCUCCUCCUGCCCCGGCACCCGUCCCGCCCCAGGCCCCCCCCAAACCUCUUGUGACCAUGCCACCAACCGGCACCAAGACUGUGCCACCCGUUGUGACACCAGCUGUGCCACCUGCACCUACUCCUCCAGUCCCCCCAGCAAAAAAGCAGCCAGUGUUUCCCGUCUCUCAUAUUCCGCCGUCUCCUGCUGCUCCCGGCCCCGUCCCCCCACCCACGUUACCCAAGCAUCAGGGCUUCGGUGUGAAGCCGCCUCCCUCCCCGCUGUCCCCGGUGCCCUCGGUGGUGAAGCAGAUCGCCAGCCAGUUCCCGCCCCCUCCCGCCCCUCCUCCCGCCGAGUCGCAGCCCUUAAAGCCGCUCUCAGCAGCUGUAGCCCCCCAGUCACCCCCUGCUGUGAAAGCGAAACCCAGGUGGCAGCCGAGCUCCAUCCCUGUCCCUUCUCCGGAGUUCCCCCCCCCUCCCCCUGAGAGCAGCCUGGUGUUUCCUCCGCCCCCACCGCCCCCUCUGCCCCCACCGGCCCCGGCCCCGGCCCCACCGCCACCGCCACCGCCACCGCCAGCUACACCCACAGCUGCUCCCGCCCCUGACAAAAGUGGGUCUCCAGGCAAAAAGCCCAGUAAGACGUCCAGCCCCGGGGCGAAGAAACCGCCCCCGACCCCCCAGCGAAACUCCAGCAUGAAGGCCGGCGCCUGCGCCGAGCACCCUGAGCCUAAGAGGCCCUCGGUGGACAGUCUCGUCAGCAAGUUUGCUUCGCCCGCGGAACCCUCGGGGUCUCCCAGCAGAGAGACCCCACCACCUGCAGCGCCCCCCAAACCGGGAAAACUAAAUCUUGCCGGAGUUCACCUUCCCGGAGUCCUCCAGCAGGGGGCUGUGGCGGCCAAAUCCACUCUCCUGAGUGGGCGUGCCAAGGACGCCUCAGUGGUGGAAUUCCCUUCGCCGCCGUCGGACUCGGACUUUCCACCUCCUCCACCUGAAAUCGAGCUUCCUCCGCCGCCUGUAGAGAUCCCAGCAGCCUUCUCGGGAAACACCUCUCCCAAAGUGGCCGUUGUCAAUCCUCAGCCACAGCCCUGGCCCAAAACGUCAGUAAAGAAGGCGCCUCCGCCCACACGACCCAAACGGAACGACAGCACCCGCCUCACUCAAGCGGAGAUCUCUGAGCAGCCGGCGACGGCCACCGUUGUGCCACAAGUGCCCACCUCGCCCAAGUCCAGCCUUAGUGUCCAGCCUGGAUUCCUGGCUGACCUCAACAGGACACUGCAGCGGAAGUCCAUCACCCGGCACGGCUCGCUCUCCUCCGCCCGCGUGUCCAGAGCGGAACCCACAGCCACCAUGGAUGACAUGGCAUUGCCCCCGCCACCCCCCGAACUGCUUUCUGACCAACAGAAAGCUGUUUAUGGAGGCAGCCACAUAUCAGGCUAUGCAACACUGCGGAGAGGACCUCCUCCCGCUCCCCCAAAAAGAGACCAGAACACCAAGCUCUCGCGAGACUGGUAGUUACCACAGGACUUGUCAUGGUAUCUGUAAUCAGUUCUACAAUCAGCUCACCUGAUCAUCUAUGAAUUCAGGUGUUCAGAGCCUCCUGGUAUGAUGUUCUUCAGGUAGUGUCCAGCUAUAUAUGUGUGUGUGUACGUACGUGUGCGUGUACAUGCCUAGCGACACAUAAGAUAGUGUGUAUAUAUGUAUACGUGUGUGUGUGUAUGUAUAUAUAUAUAUAUAGCUGAGAGUGAUUCUAUUUAUUCCUUUUCUCCUAAUCCGAAAAUGGGUGUUGUGUAUUUUGGGUGGAAGAGGCACGGAAGCGGUGUGUGUCCUAUCCCUUAUGGUUUCCAUUAUCUAUCGUGUGGAUUGGACCAAAACAACUUGUGCUGACUUAUUGGGAAGGUAUUUUACAAGUGUCCACGUGAGGCCAUCUGUGUGCGUUGUGUAUUUUAUACUAAGCGGGGAUGUACAAGGUGCUGCACCUCAGUUUGGGAAGACGACCAGAAUGUUGGUUUACCUGUGGGCUUUGGGUGUGUUUUUUACCCAGUUGGCUGAAGUUAGAACUGCUUGACACUUCUUUACUGUACCUAAAGGGGCACUUUAAAUCAGGAAAACCUCUCCACUUCAUAGAACGGGUAAACAGUUCAGUACGGGGACGCUUUCCCAGACACUGUCUACGUGGUUGUGCACAGGAGGGAAAUACCUGGCCGAAGCAUUCUAGUCGUAGUACUGCAGCAGCGGCCCGCCCGAUCUAGCACGUGCUGUCACAGGUGGGCUCGUCGCCUACAACAUGUGGAUAAUUUAGUAUUAGAAUCCUGGGUAGUUCUUGGUGAAUGCUGGAAUCCUAUCAUUCAUGGGCUUUGUGAAGCUGUAGUAAGCUUGGCUUCAUGAUCCUUGCUUUGACUUAUUGUAAGAGAAUACCUGACACAAUACCCUGGAAUGCUGUCCCAGUCUGUCUGUGUCACCAGUUAUCUUCUUAUAUUAUAUGCUUUAGGUAGAUGUUGCUAUUAGGUAUCUCUAGACAAUUGCUGUAUCAAAUAUACCCAUCCCGUGUCCAAUACGGUGCAUCAUUAUGAAAUGUUUUUUGUGUGUAUUGCUUUCUAGGAGGAUGGGAUGAUUAGAAAGAACAAAAGUGGCCCCUGGACUGGAACGUGUGAUACAAAGAAUUCAUUUGUAUCACAUAAGUACGGGACUAUCAUGGAGGGAAAAGAAUAAAUGAGCUUUUGGUACAGGAGCAUGCUAGAGCCCUUGCCUGUUGGAGCCUGGUUGUGGUUUGUCCAGGUUACCAGGUGUUUUGGUGGAGUAGUGCAGCCCAAAUACAGGAAGUGACAGGACAGACUGUGUAACGUGCAAUUUGGCGUAACAUGAGACCAUUGCUCUAAUGACACUAUAAUUAUGCUUCACACUACACUUCACACGCUUUUUUUUUCCUGUGAGUUUUCCUUGGUAUCUGAGAGAAAUGUGAUAAAUUGACUGUUAGAAAUAAAAUGCAAUCUCAGAGUUGCUCUUAAAAUAAAAACUAGCCACCCCAGCAAAGGUAAAUGAGCACAUCUCAUGACGAAAGUCUCUGCCUGUCGUGACUAAGGAUUACCAGGGCAAACUAUGAAAAUCUUAGACACUGUCCCCCAGGGGAAAAGUGAUGCAGUGCAGUGGGGCAGACAGGAAGCAAUUCAUGAAGGAGUGAAGCUUGUACUGUGUACACAGGCUCCCAUACAACCCGCUCUCCCGAGGAAAGUACCACAUCGUACAGAGUGGCACCUCUCCACUGUCACAUCUCUGCGACAUUGUUCAGUAUAUUUAUGUGGUUAUAGAGCAAUAAGAAUGUAUACCUUUGUGCAUUUUUUAAAGCCCUGCUUCUUUGAAAAGAUACCCUUUGGAUAUUUUCAAUUGUUCAGUUUUGUGGGCUUGGUGUUAUGCUUAUGAAGUGACCUCGAACAUCUGCAUUAACUUGAGCGUGCACAGCGAUUGGGUGACAUUUGGGUAGAUAUUGCCAAGCUCCACUGCGACUUACGAGUGAUCUCCCCUAGCCUCAGCCUGCAGUUUUAUAUUCUAAGAAUCACCCGUAUCAGGGGAGUAAAGAGUUAUUGAGAAUAUGAAUCCAAUCAUAUAUUCGUCACUGGGGUUUUUUGUGGUGCUGGUGGUGGUCUCUUUUUACAUGAAGGUGGACUUUAGUAACGUUCCUUUAAUCAUCCAUCACCCAUGCUUUGAGUCCUAAGAUACAACCUUUUGUUUUUUUCAGUGUGGGCUUUCUUGGAACUUCUUGUCCGUCCUGGUGAGCCAUCCUGGACUGAUGCUUUUGGUGUAUUAUUUUCCUGAAAGAGCAGGUUAUCCUUUAGAACAGUAGGGACAUCAAGAAGAGAGCUGGGUCAGAGAUGGCACUGCCUGCCAAUUUUUCCCCAAUCCAGUGGGGACAAUAGGUUGGAUCAAUCCUUGUCUGACAAUAGGUUGUUUCUUUUUACAUUGUCUCCAAAGAUGGAAAAGGCUAUUAAUCAACUUUUUUCGUUUGUUAUGUGAAUCAAAAAAAGCAAAUACUAUAGAUUAUAUUCUAGUGUUUUAUUCCCUAGUGGGGUUUUUUUAAUUGGAUUUUUGUGGCGUUUUGUUGUUGUUUGAGACUACUCUGUUAUUUUGUAACUGGUCCUUUCCUCUGGUGUUACGGUAAACACCUACUGCCGGAUGACACCACACUGUGCCUUCUUUCACUGCCUUCUGCUCAGCAGCUCUAACCCAGCAUAGCUUCUUCAGGUCAGAGAAAAUCUGGACAGUUGACUUGGCUGUACUGAAAAAUGAACAGCAGGCCCCCUGCGAUUGGGGGCAGUGCCGACAAGGGCCUGUUAGAGCUAGCAACCUGGUUCAGGAGCGGCACCCUGAACUUUUACCAGAUAAUUUCAAAAUUGGAUCACCCUCUCCUUCAAAGUUUGGUACCAAAUGAAGGUCAGCAACAACUUACAUCAGGUUCAUUGGUACUAAUAUAAAUGUUAGACUAUUUAUUGAAAUUUGAUCAGCUUGGCUUUUACUGCCCAAAUAAAUACAUUUUCUUUCCUUAGCUACUAUAAUUCUCACUUGGGAAAAGUAACUUUUCUUGAGGUUUUUACAGAUACCAACUUAACUGUAAAUUGGAUUUUUAAGAUACCUGAGACUUUUUAAAAUGAGAAAGAUUGCUGGCUCUUAAAAGCUAUAGGAAAUACUUUUUAGCAGAAAUUUUCAAAUAAAGUACUAUAGACAUGGUGUUUCACAGUCCCCUAAAAUCAAGGUGCUCCUGGCCAGUGAUGGCAUAUUCUGUUCAGGGCUGUGAACUAGCUUGGAAGUCCCCUCCCUCUGUUAGAUUACUUGCCACUGAAAAUAAUGCUGAGUUUAUCAAGAAAGUUAAAACAAAAUUGGGAGAUCAUGAAUAAUAAUUCCAGUAGAUUGACAACUCUGAGAUCUAGGAAAAUAGGAGCUGAGCAUCCAAUUAGAGUUCAGAAGCUGCAUUCUGGGAGAAAACAGCUGGUACUAAGUGUGGGUCAAGGAUGUAAAGUUAUAAAUUAGACUGAAAAAAAAUUUCAAUGAUGUGAAUAGGUUUGACUUGACUCUCAGGCCACCGACAGAACCUUUUUCACCUUUUUUCCUCAGCUAAAACCCAUUUUAUUUUACAAAUACAAGGUGAUUGUAAACAAAUAAAAAGCGUUUUCCAAAUUUUAUACAUUUAUUACAAAACUUUUUCAUAUACCUUCAGAACUAACAAAUUAUAGCUGAUGUAAUCUCACAGAUUUUGUUCAAGUUUAGACCAACUAAACCUGUAUGACUCUGCAUAAUUACAGGUGUAAUGACUUGCUUUAAAUGAAAUAGGUGUAAUAAUUUGGAUUUAUAUACACAAGAGGAUGCUAUCUAUAAAAAUCACAUUAGGUUGCAUGUACCUUUUGGCACUUUUGAGUUUUGUUUUAUAUACUUUGUAUCAUAUGUAUAAAGCAGGACAUCCCUUAUCCUGUAGGAAUAUGUGACAACGCACCAGGUUGAUAUUUGCUCCAUAGAGAUAUGCAAGUGGAACAGGAUUAAAUAUCCCACUGUCUCUUAAAAUUUAUUUUCCUUUAAAAAUUCAGUAGAACACUAUUUCUACACCUUUACCACUCCAUCCUUCAAACUAAACAAGUGCUCUGUUGUGCCCUUGGAAGGUCUAUAUGUAAAAGAAACCUUCAAUUUAGCUGUAGAAUACACUUGCUAAAUAAAAAUAAGUAAAACAGUAGAAUUGAUAAACACUUGAAGGAAAAAAUCUCCAGUUGGCUUGCUCUUUGCCCAUUGAAGUGAAAAAAACCAUUUAGAAAAUAUCUGCUAUAAUCCCCAGUGCCUUGAACUCUUUGGAGGAAUAGCGUAAAAAAAAAAAAAAAAAAAAAAUCCAGCAAGCAAACUUUGAGGUGCUAAUGAAAGAAAAGGGAGUGUUUCUAGUUUACACAGAAAUAGAAAAAGUGACUAUCUUACAAGAGAUGGCUUCAUCUCCCUUAACGGGGACUGGCUGCUUUCUACCAAAGACACUGAGAGAAGAGGCGAAUCGGGGACGGUGAAUGCUACGUAUUUCAGAUGGCAAAGUUCAGACACGGGUUGAUCACGGGUGGAUGGCUGUAAACACCACGCUCGUAAUGGUUGAAGCCUCAUCCUCUUCGUAGGCAGAACAUGCUCGCAGCACUUAAAGGGAAAAAAGUCCUUGCAUUUUUGGAACUGUCCAUUGUUUGUUAAAUUUAUUGUAUCCUAAUACCAAAAACUGCCAUUUUCCAUGAUUCCUGCCCCUAUAUUUUUUCCUCUAUUUGUAAAUAAUCUCUCCUAGAAAAUAAGCAUUAACUGGAAUGUUUCAAAUAAUUUUGCUUAAUUUUAUUAUCAGCCAUUAGUGAACUCCUUUUAUAGAAAUGUACAUUUAAAAUAAAAUAUCCUUAGCUUGUUCUAAAUGUUGUAAAAAAAAUUGUUUACUGUUUUAAAGGAAAAUUGCACAUUAUAUUUAACUGGGAUUGCUCCCUCUCCACAUUUCUUUAAAAAAAAUUGAGUCAAGGCUCACAGUGACAUCUAUGCUGUGGGAGCUUUGCUAUAAAUUAAGUAAAAAGAUACAACGUACGUAGUAAUAUACUUUUUUAAAGCAUGAAAAAGAAGGCAAAAGGAACUGCAUUAUAAAGUACCUGAUAGAAGACAUUAUUCAAACGAUUAUGCACAGCUUGGUAAAGAUGAAGUUACAAUUUUUCUUUCAGCUUUGUUGCCGUUAUUUUCUUCUUAAAUGUAUGCUCUCAUUUCAUUAUGUGCCUUGCUCCCUGAUUGUGCAAACCUAUAUAUAUAGAUAUAUGAGAGAGAGAGAUUCAGUACUACUGACGGUGUUUUUGUUCUACUGCUGGAUUAAGUUAUUUCCCAAGUUACUCUUGCCGGUUCCUGUCAGUGACCUGUUGUAAUGGCUUAGGACAGUAGUCAUACAGUCAGUGUAAAUUUGUUUUUCAGUUACUUGUUUUCAUUAUUGUCAGAUUACCCAAUCCUUAAUAAAAAGAAUACAUAGAUUUCAACUAAA